GCUGGCAAAAUUCGCAGAGGUGCAGAAAACUAGACGUCGCUUUACACACAACCUGCGCGAGGGGAGGCGGCAUCACACCAGUGUGAGCUCUCGCGCAGUCCAGAAAAUACAACCGUCGCUCUCGAGACAGAGGUUUGCAGGAGUUGGAGGAGUAAUUGUGCUCACAGAGCUCUAGCAGCGAGACGCACGCACUCCCUGGUAAGAAGAGUUCGGCAAGGGAAUAAAGAGAAGUCUGAAAUCAUCCACACCGUCACCAAGGACUGUUUUAUAUGACGAACUGCUAAGAAGAAGCAGAACAAGUUAUUUCGCGCGUUUCUCCACUGUCACUACAUGGCAUCAGUUCUUGAAAACAACACCCGCACCUCGGGAACUCCGAGCAGUCAAGUCAAAUGCAAGUUCAAAAGGAGGAGGAGAAGAAGGUCAAAGAGAAAAGAGAAAGUCAGCAUGCUCUCUGCAUUGAUCGCUCCCUUCAAGUACAUGAGCCCUGGGACCACCAGCACAGAGGAUGAGGACACUUUAAGCACCAGUAGUACUGAGGUCAAAGAGAACCGAAAUAUUGGUAACCUAGAGGACUGCUGUUCUAUUGUCCCCGGCGACCGCCAAUCACUGUUCAAAUCGGACACAUCUAGAGGUGGGACUUCCGGUCUGAAGAGGAAGCGGCCGUUGGAGGAGGACAAUAACGGACACCUGUGCAAACUCCGUCUGAUCUACAAGAAACUGUUGUGGUCGGACUCACCAAAGAAUGCCCUGGUGCAGCUGAAUGAGCUGAGGCCAGGCCUCCAGUACCGCAUGGUAUCCCAGACCGGCCCGGUCCACGCACCCCUGUUCUCAAUCGCCGUAGAGGUGAAUGGCCUCACCUUCGAGGGCACGGGCCCCACCAAGAAGAAAGCUAAGAUGAGGGCGGCCGAGCUGGCCCUCAAGUCCUUCAUUCAGUUCCCCAACGCUCCUCAGGCUCACCUGGCCAUGGGUAACCAUGGCAACCCCUCUGCAGACUUUACCUCGGACCAGGCGGCAGACUUCCCAGACACUCUGUUCAAGGAGUUUGAGCCGUCGUCAUGUGGUGGCGUAGUCGGCGACAGCUUCUCCCUCUACCGGUCGGCGUCGGAGAAGAGCGAGCUGCGCCUCUCCAGCGCCCUCCGGCACGGCCGAUUACUUCGCCACACGUUGGACCUAAUGGUGCAGGCCAAGCAGCGGCUGGCAGGGGUCCCUGUGACCAUCCCCGCCGAGGCCCCCAAGACCCCUGUGGUGCUGCUCAACGAGCUGCGUCCAGGCCUGAGGUACGUGUGCCUGUCCGAGAGGACAGAGGGGCGGCGGGCGCGGAGCUUCAUCAUGGCAGUCCGUGUGGACGGGAGGAUAUUCGAGGGCUCUGGACGCAGCAAGAAGCUGGCCAAGACCCAGGCGGCCCAGUGCGCUUUGCAGGCGCUCUUCAACAUCAGGCUGGCUCCUGAGGGGAGAGGAGGCCUUAAACCCAGCAGGAAUAGAUGCCCUCAUUUGCCCCAGAUGGAACGUCCUGGGACUGCAGGGGGCAUUGUUGAGUCACUUUGUGGAGCCGGUGUACCUCCACAGUCUGACGGUGGGCAGUCUCAGACACCCGGGUCACUUCAACAGGGUGAUGAGUCAGAGACUGGAGUGCCUCGGACCGCUGCCCGCAACUUACAGACGCAACCAGCCUCUUCUUAGUGGUCUGAGUGUCAGUGGUGAGUGUCGUCAGCCGGGGAAGUCUCUGUGUGUCAGUGUGAACUGGACUUGUGGAGACGGUCAGCUGGAGGUGGUCAACGCGGCUACGGGACGGAAGAGGGACUCUGGGACGCCAUCAAGGCUCUGCAAGCACGCUCUGUUCACCCGCUGGGCAAGGCUGUACCGCAAGUUGAGUAUCCAUGCUUCCGGGCCCGUGGACCAGCCACUGAUGUACUGUGAGGCCAAGAUGGCUGCCGGCUCUUACCAGACUGCCAAACAGCAGUGGCUCAGAUCGCUACAGGAGACAGGCCUGGGAACCUGGGUGAAGAAACCUCCAGAGCAGGAGAGCUUCCUGCUACAGGACUAAGACAUUUCACUCCAUUCCAGCCAUUUUUAUGCACACGCACACCAGCUUCCUGUGGUGUGCGUGUCCGUGUUCAUCCGUCCGUUUGCGUGCGUGUCUGUAGAAGGAGCAUGUGGCAGUUGGCUUUAUUGUUGUCCGCUGACUUUGGUUUGCUCUACAAGCCUCCAUCUCCUCCUCGGCAAAAGCCACCAUUGAUGUCGGUCGUUCAAGUUCCACCCCAAAAAUAAAAAAUGAAAACGUGAAUGAAAGAAAGUGGGUUUGAUCGGACCUCUCCUUCAUUAUCCCGCUGGUCCCUGGUUGUCAUGUCAAAGCCGGGGAGAAGGCAGGAAAGAAGGCAGGGUAACCUUGGUCAAUGUGAAAGGCAGCCGCUAUCUUGUCAUCAGCCAUUUGGGGGCGGCGGUGCGCCUGCAGAGCUCCAGCGGGAUGGGGGACAGGGCCAGCCAAUUACAGAGCCUGUCAUUGUGACGUGUGAUGGACAGAGAGAUGGAGAAAGAGAAAAGGACCACAAAGAACCAGAUAGACAACUCACCGUUACACACACACACCCGCUUGCCACAGGCCCAGUUCACAUAUAUCUCACCUAUCUCUCUCCCUUUUCACAGCAUCUCUUUGUCUGUCCAUCUCCUCCUUUUUCUCUAUCACUUCAUCUUUCGACCCCCUUUCUAUCCCUCUGUUCCUCUCUGCCAUCUUCAACCCCCUCUCCUUCACCGAUCUCAUUCUCUCCUCCUCUCUCCCCUCUCUCUCGCCUCCUCUCCACCUCUCUCCGCUCGCUUCUGACUCUAACACAAGUCACGAAGCUAGAGGUUCUGACGUGGCCACGACAGGUUAAUUCCACCUGCUCUUAGUUGCACAAAGGGAAUAGAGGAGAAUGGAGGUGAUAGCAACAUAACUGCUGCCAUUAGGCCACACUGGGGUUCCCCUUUCAGAUAGAACACCACAGCCAUCUUAGCUUCUUUAAUACCUGUCAUUAACGCUCUGAGUUGAUUUCACCUUUUUACCUUUGUAGUCAGGUCUCUCGCUGUAAUUGGAAUGGCACAGUUUCCCCCCUUUUUUUACCACUGACAGGUUGAUGAUAAAGGGGGGUUGAUUAACGCACAAUAGAGCAGUCGUGAGCCUGACUUGUUAGCUGCGCUCACUUUGAGCUGGUGGAAAAGGGUUGUGACCAACCUGCUACAGUGGUUUGGUUGACGAGCGAUUACCUGCAAUGAUGGGAAGGACUCAGAAUGGACUGACAUUCAGUCGUCACUGGGAGAAAAACAAUAAAUACAACCCUACUUAACAAAAUGCAUUUUGGUGUUUAGUUGCGGAGUCAUUAACUCUCUAUUGGCCCAACUCUAUAGCCCAGGUGCUGGGUGGUAGCGAGGGACCGUUCUCUUCUUUGUUUCACAUCCUCACUACUCCCCAAGCCAGUCUGUAAAGGUUCUAGAACGCUAGAACACACUACACGCUAUCAAAUGUCACCUGUAAAACACUGACUUCUCAACCCUGGCCAUGUUUGUCCACGUUGGCCCCCUUACUUUAUGUUUGUGUUCAUUUCAAAUGUCCUAUUUUCACCCCCCGUUUAAUCUUGAAAAUAUGCUUUAUUUUAGUAUUACAAGGUUUUGUUUUUACAUGUGUGAUGUUCCAAUGUAGGAAUAAGUUAACGUUAUAUGCAUACAUUAUCGUCAUGUUGUUUAAAUCCUCCCACCUUACUCUGACACUUUCCUUGGAGUUCACGAAGAGAACAGUCCAGGCAAUUAUAUUAAACACAGUAACAGUGUCACCUAGUGGUCAUAGUUCUUAUGUGUCAGUGUUGUUACUUGUCCAUCACUCUCCUCUGCCUCAGAUCCCAUUUUGGUAGUGUGUAAGGUCCACCGGGCAGGUAGACUGUAGGAAAUAGUGUCACAGUCAUUUCUCUGAUAUAGUGUUCCAACGGACAAGAAUGUGGAACAUCAUUAUCAUCAAAGUGGGAUAUCGUUUUUUCAAUUGGAAAAGUUCCAGAAUAGCAGGAGUAGGUCUUUAAGUUUUUCUAAAAUCCUCCCCGUUAGUUGAGUAGAGAUCCAGUGAAGGUUGUUGUCUUUUAUAAAGAGAACCCACCCCCUUGUCAAGGCUAGUAUGACCCCAAUCACAGAUCACUAGAUGCAUGUCAUACAUACAUAAACACAGUGCACAUCAGGGUUGGGGUAAAUUCCAUUUAAAUGCAUUGUCUGAAUUGAAAUGGAAUUGACCCUAACCCUGGUACACAAAGGACAUUAUGUGGAGUGAUAAUGAACCAAGAAUAAACUCAAACUCUUGUCAUCUUCAUACACAUACAUGUGUUGUAAAGAAUAAUCUAACUAGUUUUCCCUCUGAAGGUUCAUCUUGUACAUAUUUCUCUUUUAUUUUCUAAUUCGCUCUAUUAUUAAAUGUAGAGGCACAUUCUGUUGGAAGCUUGUGGUAUGUUUUACCAGUUAUUUUUCAUAGUCAUUCAAUUAGUCAAACAUACACUAUUUAUACAAAAGUAUGUGGACACCCCUUCAAAUUAGUGGAUUUGGAUAUUUCAGCCACACCUGUUACCGACAGGUGUAAGAAAUCGAGCACAAAGCCAUGCAAUCUCCAUAGACAAACAUUAGCAGUAGAAUAGCCUUACUGAAGAGCUCAGUGACUUCCAAUCACCAUCAUAGGGUGCCACCUUUCCAACAAGUCAGUUCGUCAAAUUUCUGCCCUGCUAGAGCUACCCGGUCAACUGUACGUGCUGUUAUUGUGAAGUGGAAACAUCUAGGUGCAACAACGGCUCAGCGGUGAAGUAGUAGGCCACACAAGCUCAAGGAACGGGACCGCCGAGUGCUGAUGCGUGUAGCGUGGUAAAAAUCAUCUGUCCUCAGUUGUAACACUCACUACCGAGUUCCAAACUGCCUCUGGAAGCAACAUCAGCACAAUAACUGUUCAUUGGGAGCCUCAUGAAAUGGGUUUCCAUGGCCGAGCAGCUGCACACAAGCCUAAGAUCACCAUGCGCAAUGCCAAGCGUCAGCUGGAGUGGUGUAAAGCUCAACGCCAUCGUACUCUGGAGCAGUGGAAGCACGUUCUCUGGAGUGAUGAAUCCCGCUUCACCAUCUGGCAGUCCAACAGAUGAAUCUGGGUUUGGCAGAUGCCAGGAGAACGCUACAUGCCCCAAUGCAUAGUGCCAACUGUAAAGUUUGGUGGAUGAGGAAUAAUGGUUCGGGCUAGGCCCCUUAGUUACAGUGAAGGGGAAUCUUAACGCUACAGCAUACAAUGACAUUCUAAAUGAUUCUGUGUUUCGAACUUUGGGGCAACAGUUUGGGGAAGGCCCUUUCCUGUUUCAUCAUGACAAUGCCCCCAUGCACAAAGUGAGGUCCAUACAGAAAUGGCUUGUCGAAUUUGGUGUGGAAGAACUUGACUGGCCUGCACAGAGCACUGACCUUAACCCCAUUGAACACCUUUUGGAUGAAUUGGAAUGCCGACUGCGAGCCAGGCCUAAUUGUCCAACCUUACUAAUGCUCGUGGUUGAAUGGAAGCAAGUCCUCUCAGCAAUGUUCCAACACCUAGCCUUCCCAGAAGAGUGGAGGCUGUUAUAGCAGCAAAGGGGGGACCAACUCCAUAUUAAUGCCCAUGAUUUUGGAAUGAGACGAUCGACAAGCAGGUGUCCACAUACUUUUGGUCAUGUAGUGUAGUUUUGUGGUUUCUGGCAAAUAUAACAAACUGAUUCCUCGUUAAAAACCCGUUGCUUAUUUUGAGAGAUAUUAACAGUAUGGCAUGACUGAAUGGUAAUGUUGUAUUAAAUGAGUGUAUAUUUGUAAAAAUUUUAAACAAUAAAAAAAUACAAUAUGGGAAGACGAUAAUGAAGAUAUGUCUAAUUCAGAUGUAAAUUGAAGUUCUAUGAAUACAUGCUGCUAAGGUUGUAAAUUGCACUUCAGUAAUACCUUAAAAGUGAAUGUUUGUACAUGUGAAUAAAAUCUGAAAAUCUGGUCAUUUUA